UAGUUGUCACGGAAUGUAAUUUUCUUGAAACUUCCGUUUAGUUUAAAUUUUAUUUUUAUUCUUUUAAUUAUUAUAAUACAUAACAGUUAAUCAUGUCUUGGAGAUGUAUGUUAAGAACUUCCUGGUGGAUUGGUUUCCUCAUGUGCUGCGCUAUCCAACUUCAACUAGCCUAUUCCGCACUCGACGAUUCCGAACUGGUGAUCGUCGUUCUGAGCCAACCGAACGACUAUCAUCGCAAACUUGCCGAAGAUUCUACGCGUCUACUUAUAAAAGAAGCGGAAGCCUUAUCGGGAAUGAAUACGAAACCAAUUAUCCACCUAUCUCAUUUAGAUUUUCCUCACGUUGGAGAUUGGACAAUUAUCCCUUUAAUUCCUAUAUUAACGGAUUUGUAUGGAUCUAAAAACCAUUGGAUAAUAUUUGCUGAAGACCGAACCCGCAUAAAAUUGAGCAAAUUAAUACAAGUACUUAAUGAUUACAAUAAAACGGAAGAGUAUGUCGGCUACUCUAUAUAUGAUCACGAACCGACCAUAAUCCACCACUAUUUCUUCAACGACGACAAUCUCGAAAAUUUCAAGUAUCCCAAUAUUGCGGCGGGAUUCGCCAUCACCACGAAGUUAUUACUACGUUUAAACGAGAGGCUGCGGAAUUCCAAAGGCAAAGCUGAUUUUAGUAUAGAUCCCUCUCAUGAGUUGGCCCUCUUCAUUUGGGAUGAGGGAAGAGGCGUUGCAAUGCGUCACGACCAGCGAUUUUGCAUUGAAAAUUCAGAAAAUUGCGCCACUUAUCCUAUACCUUUCACGACAUGCGAUGACCCUGUUCCCAACAAAAGUAUCUACUUCGCAGUGAAGACGUGUUUGAAAUUUCACGGCGACCGCGUCCCCGCGAUCAAGAACACUUGGGGCAAGCACGCGACCCUCGUACGGUUCUUCAGCGACGCCGAAGAUAAAACGAUACCCACAAUUGAUCAGCGUACCUCAAACCCAAAAGAUCUUUGCCUAAAAACUACGGAUAUAAUACGAAGAGCCGCUGAGGAAAUGAGAGAGUUGCAAGAUGUGCGAUGGUUGGUUAUAGUUGAUGAUGAUACUAUACUCAGUGUAAAUCGUCUCCGAGAACUUUUGAGCUGCUACAAUCACCAAUCCGUCAUAGCUCUCGGUGAAAGAUACGGUUUAAACGUAGCAUUUUCAUCUCAAGGCUACAACUACAUUACGAUGGGUGGAGGUUUGGUGCUUAGCAAAAAAUUAGUUGAACUACUUUUAGAACCAGGAGCUUGUACUUGUCCGGAACAACCACAACCCGACGAUAUGUAUUUGGGGAUAUGUUUAGCACUACUUGGAAUUGAUAUAACUCAUUCAUCAUUAUUCCACCAGGCAAGACCAAUUGAUUACUCUCCAGAUCUACUUAAAUCUCAACCAGGAAUUGUUUCGUUUCAUAGAUAUAUGACUGAUGUAAACCAGAUUUAUAACGAAUGGUUUAAAAAUAUCGAUGAAAGUAAUCAGUUUGAAACGAUUAAACAUUUAGAGUUAUAACGUUAUUUAACGUUUUUAUUUUUAUACAUAAUUUUAUCUUUA